CUUCAUUUGCCUAGCAGCUAAUGUUUCAGGACCCGAGAGCAGAUUAUAAAAUAACCCAGUCCCUGUUUUUUUGGCUCAGUUUUCCUGUUGUGAGGUGGUCGGUCAGUCACUCACGUUGCCCUCAGUCACAGUUUUGCCCCAACCCCGUGUGCUUGUGUAUCUGUGAGGAGUCCUGGGAAGCAACUGUACAACACUUUGCCCUGUUGAACAGAAUGCAUCUUACUACAGAGGAGAAAAUAGAGCUGGGACUCAAGGAGCAAGGAACAGUCAACCCUGCAUUUGUGGUCAAAGACAGUGAUGAAGACCCACAGCUGACGGUCCACAUCGGGGAGCCACACACAGAGGCCCUGGACGAGAGUGUCGACAACAGGGUUGAUUUGGUUUACUCCCUUAACGACAGGCCACCCUGGUACCUCUGUAUUCUGCUCGGCUUCCAGCAUUACAUCCUGGCCUUCGGUGGCAUCAUCGCUGUCCCCCUGAUCCUGGCCGAGCCACUCUGCAUUAAAGACAACAACAAUGCCAAAAGUCAGCUCAUCUCCACCAUCUUCUUUGUGUCGGGAUUAUGCACGCUGCUGCAAACAACAUUCGGUACCAGGUUACCGGUCCUCCAGGGUGGGACCUUCAGUUUCAUCACUCCGACCCUGGCUAUUCUCGCUCUGCCCAAGUGGCAGUGUCCGGCCCCGAAAGCAUCUGUGGUGCUGUCCAUGCAGCUGCAGAACGGCAGCAGCCCGCUGCACAUGGAGGACUCAGAUGAGGUCUGGAUGUCACGGAUGCGUGAGAUCCAGGGAGCCAUCCUGGUGUCCUCUUUGCUCCAGAUCGUCCUUGGCCUUUCUGGGCUGGUGGGCUUCGUGCUGCGAUUCAUCGGCCCGCUGGCUAUUGCUCCCACCAUCAACCUCAUCGGCCUGUCGCUGUUUAUUGAAGCUGGAAAGAAAUCUGGAGGUCACUGGGGCAUUGCUGCUCUCACGGUCUGUCUGAUCCUCCUGUUCUCUCAGUAUCUGAGCAAAGUCGACGUUCCAAUGAUUGCUUACAAGGAUAAGAAGUGGAAGGUUUUCCAGUAUCCACUCUUCAAGCUCUUCUCUGCUAUGUUCGGGAUGUGUGGAGCAUGGCUGGUCUGCUUCUUACUCACCAUUUCUGACGUCCUUCCUUCAAAGUCCAAUGAGUACGGCUUCUCAGCCAGGACCGACAUCAACCUGGACGCUGUGACAAACUCCCCCUGGUUCCAUGUUCCUUACCCUGGUCAAUGGGGUGUGCCCACAGUGAGUUUGUCUUCAGUGUUGGGCAUGAUUGCUGGAGUCCUAGCAUCAACCAUGGAAUCGAUUGGUGACUACUAUGCAUGUGCUCGCUUAUCUGGAGCCCCUCCCCCACCAACUCACGCCAUAAACCGAGGUAUCGCUGUGGAGGGCAUCGGCUGCAUCCUGGCUGCACUGUGGGGAACAGGAAACGGCACCACCUCCUACAGCCAAAACAUUGCAGCACUUGGCAUAACCAAGGUUGGCAGCAGGCUGGUCCUCCAAACGACUGGCAUCCUAAUGAUCGUCCUGGGAAUCUUUGGGAAAUUUGGAGCCGUUUUUAUCACCAUCCCAGACCCGGUUAUUGGGGGCAUGUUUCUUGUGAUGUUUGGAAUGAUUGCAGCAGUGGGAAUAUCAAAUCUCCAGUAUGUGGACCUUAACUCGUCCCGUAACCUCCUCAUUCUGGGCUUCUCUACCUUCAGUGGUCUCGUUUUACCGUCCUGGUUUCACUCUAAUCCUGGCAUCAUCGACACAGGAAUCAAAGAGCUGGACCAAGUCAUCGUUGUGCUCUUCACCACACACAUGUUCAUUGGAGGAUUCUUUGGGUUUAUCUUGGACAACACCAUUCCCGGCACUGAAAAAGAGCGAGGCAUCAAGAGCUGGCAGGAGAAGGUGCAAGGGGGAAGCAAAUCCAUGUGUAAUCUUUCUUGCUACGAUAUCCCUCUUUGCAGCGGCCUUUUGAAACGGUAUCGAUGUUUCCAGUACAUGCCCUUCCUCCCUUCUUACAUGUCAAACCGACAGGGUACAUCCAAGUAAUGAAAGACCAACCUACGGAGAAGCAUUGAUGCCAGACAGUAGUGGUUGAGCGCUGAUAAACAACAGUAAAAAGAGGAGAAUGCAUCAAAAAUUGGCUUUAAUUCUCACUUGAACAUUGUACAAAGGUUGUGGAUUUACUUGUCA